AUGGCACCACAACGAUCAAUAGCUGGCCCGACAGUCGCUGCGCCUGCAUAUGAAACGCCGUUUUCCCCGACAUGGUCGUCCUCUACGCCCAUCUCAGGCACAGGGGAAAAUAUGAUCGUCCGCCCGACCAAUUGGAGGACUCAGCCGUGCAAACACUUCGUUAGAACACAUGGCUGGUGCCCCGUUGGCGACGCCUGCAACUUCAUCCAUGAUUCAGCACCGCCAUCCUCGGGGAGUCCUGAUCAGAUCCGAGAUGAACGAGAUGGAUCUCCUGGAUCUGACGUUUGUGCCAAGGGGCCAUGGAGCACCAACAACACCGCUAUGGGGGCAGCGCGGGCGCAUUGUUGGGCAUACAUUCAAGGGAUGUGCAUCAACCCGGGGUGCCAGCUUUUGCACCCCGAGGACGUUACACCAUACAUCCCAUAUACACCAUGCCUCCGCUGGCCGAAUUGUCCUGAUGGUACUUACUGCGCGUUUCGGCACCACAUUGCUAUUCCUAUCCCCGUGCCAGUACCUGCACCACUGCCAUUGCCAUACCCUCCGACAGAUGCCAAGAUUCCCGAGAUGGCAUCCGCCAUGCCAAAUCAUAUACCGCCGGUGUCUAGUCAAGCAUCCGCUUUUCCAUGCCGCUCAUACGAGAUCAACGGGACAACAUACUUCACUCCGCAAACGCCAGCUGUACCAUUACCAACGAACCCAACGAUGUUCUACGAUCACGCCACUAUCUGUGCGCAUAGCUAUCCUGGAACGUUCGAGGCCCCCGACCAUGUAUACAAUCAAGGGGUAUACCCUGAUGGGGACCGGGAGUCUCACAAGUCGCUUGAUCCUCAGCUUUUGGAAAGCAACGAGCCGGAAGAGCAGUCCUCGGUUUAUGUGCAACACGCCAUUCAGCAUGCGACCUCCGAUCCUGGGGUUGCCAUGGAUAGACUUAUAUCGACUCAGGCAAACGAAUUUCCAUAUCGGCCUCCUAAACAUCAACGCGUGGGUCACGCGAGGCGUAUUAGCAUUCAGAUGAAGAAGGCUGAUGCACUAAGCCUAAUUGCGGCUGCAUGA